CGAUUCGGUGUAUGGCAGAACGUGCACGUUCUCGAUAUGAACAAGCUGGAAAACGUGACGUCCGCCGCGAGAAUUCACUUUCAUAUUCAAUCAUGGUAUGAUGAAGUAGAAGACUUCGAUUCCGCGGAAUUUGGAUUGGUGAAUUUCACAGCGCGGAGCAACCUGUCUUACAUUCCGUUCGCGUCGUCGACAAUUAGCCAGAUCGGUUGCGGUCGUGCAAUUUACACGGGCAGAUCCGAGCAAUCGACAUCCAGAGGCGCAGACAUGGCGAUGACCGGGCGUACAAUGGCCGUCGGAUUUGGGGAUCGCGUGGAGGCCCUCGUGUGCAAUUACGGACCUCUCGAUCGGAACACGUCAAGAGAAUUGUACGAAGACGGUGUGCCGGCUCUUUGUCCAUCGGGAACGAUCCGCAGUUCACGGUAUCGAGCUCUCUGUCCUAACGAAAUGUCGAAGUUGUUUACGAUUUGUAAUGUUGAAAUGGUUGGUGAUAGAUAGAAUAAGAUUGAGAUUAAG